UAAACAGAACCGGCACCGUUAUGCCUUUCCAUUUCGCGCCUUUGACACUUCUCUUCUUCCCCUCUCACUCCCUCAUUCACUCUCUCAAUGGCUUUCACGAAACGCGAGCUCUCACCCCGACCAGAAUCCAAAAGGGCAGAGCUUGAUGUCUCUGGACCGGAUUCUCUAAGAUCCACGUCGAACCAGCUGCGCGUGAUGCUCAAUCCCGCUGGUUGUGAUUUAGGCAUUUCUAGGGGAGAUGAUGCUGUGUGAAACCUAGGGGAGACGCUGCUUAGCUUUGGGUUUGAAGGCACAGGAAAAGUCUCUAGUGCUGUGUUGAGCUUGAAAGUAAACCAUUGGCUUUUAUAGGAUCAUCUGAGAAUGGAAAAUGGUUGGGAUUUGCAAAGGGAUUGAUGCUGGCCCAAGGGAUCUUGAAGUGGUGUAUUCUCCAGUAAAAGAGCUAUAAUGGGAGUCAGCUCUAUUUCCUAAUGUUCUAUUGAGGAAUGUCGUGGUUCAGUUGCGUUGAAGACGGACUUGUUCCUGAACAAGGCUGUGAGCCCUGGGCUUCAGCUCUUGAUGAUGGGAAUGCAAUAAUGGGACCUAAAUCUUCUGACAUUAGUGAUUGUGAAGUAAUGAUGAUGGUGGGGUUGCCUGCUUCUGGUAAAACUACAUGGGCAGAGAAAUGGGCAGAAGAGUACCCUGAGAAGCGUUUUGUGUUACUUGGAAGAAACCUUAUUCUGGAUGAAAUGAAGGUUUGCCUUGUGGAACUCCUCGCAUUCCACUACCUGCAUCUCUUGCUCCAUCACCAAGGUCCCCGUAUUCCAAUUUUCCUACUGGCAUGCAGCAGCAUUCUGGAGGAUAUAAACCUCCUCCUCAGAGAAACUGCCAACUUCCGUAUAGUCUUGCCAUCCAUUCCUCAAGACCUCGGAGAUCUUACUUCCAAACUAAAGACUGGAAAUCGAGAAGGCCAAGUUCUGGUUCAUGCUGAACUGCAGAUAUUUUGCAAACAUGAACUUAAUGAAGAGAAUUCAAAGGGCCCCCCCUUCAAAGAUAAUUUCUAGAUUUUUGUAAAUACUACCACACAUUUCAAGAUUUUUUUUUUAACUUUAUGGGAGACUAUAAUUGGGAUCGAAGUUCAGAGAAACGUCCAUAUAAAAUCCGUCACAUGACUGGAAGUAGUUGGAGUUUAGGUCUUUUAUGAGUUUGGCUGCUAGCUUCCAAGUUUUUGAAGAACUGUAUGCUAAAUCUACACAGAAAUGUUCAAACUUGAGAGAGCGAGAACU